CGACGCCAGACCCUCGCCCUCGCCCUCUCAUACCCGUAGAUGCAAUCCAUGCGCGACUCCUCCGCAGUCCUGCUUGCUUGCCGGCUCAGCUGAAGGAAUUGCUGCCCAGUGGGCGCCGUCAUCGCGUGCAAUCUGCCAAUCCGUAAAACGCGCCCCGCCUGUAUGUAAUGCACAGCGCCAGCUAGCGCCACCUGCAUACCGACCCAACUUCCACUCGCCUCAAGGCCGUCUGCCAGGGGUGCACUCUGUCUGAAUAACCUCAAAAUCACCCCAAAUUGGCACGUACACCAUAGCGUCCUGUUUCUGCCCAUACUUGCGCUGAACGACGGCGCCUUGCCCUUCAUCCGAGUCAUUCAUUUGCAAUAUCCGGCCCUUCUCCUCCCGCUUGCUCGGCACCAUCACCACCACCACCAUACCACUACCACAGCUGGACACCACCUGCAGCACCCGCAAUUGAUUGAUAGUCGUCGACCGCCAGGCGUCUCCACCCGUCCGCGGAUCGCAGCCUUGCUCAGACAAGGCACCCGGCAUCCUGGAUUCCUCGACGCUCUCUGCUGGUUCGCCAGCACAAUUUCACGACGCGAUGGAGAACACGAUAGAGACCGAGGGGGUAUACGAGACACGAGGGGAAGGACAGGAUGACACAAUGGGCGGCACCGAAGAAUCACAAUCGCACACGCCCACGCACAGCAAUGGCUUCCUCGACCGACGACACGGCCAGUCACAAUCUGCCGACUUCCUUCCCUCCCAGCAAGGUUAUCCUGCUUCUCCCACGCCCGAUGCCGACGCUCGAUACCCAACUCCCCCUACAGCCUUCGCUCCCUCCAGCUCUCCUCGACCCAACUCCGGAAUCUCAAAUAACAGCGCCUACUCCAACAUGCAAUCAUCGUAUCAAGACCAGAACGCCCGCGGUACGGCGAGCGGCGAGGCUGGACGGAACAAGAACAGUGUGGUCAUCAAGGUUGGCAUGGUGGGUGAUGCACAAAUCGGUAAGACAUCAUUGAUGGUCAAGUAUGUCGAGGGAAGCUGGGAUGAAGACUACAUUCAAACUCUGGGUGUCAACUUCAUGGAGAAGACCAUCUCGAUACGCAAUACCGAGAUCACCUUCUCCAUCUGGGAUUUGGGAGGACAACGGGAGUUCGUCAACAUGUUACCCCUCGUUUGUAAUGACGCCGUCGCGAUUUUGUUCAUGUUCGACUUGACGCGGAAGAGUACUCUGAACAGUAUCAAGGAGUGGUACCGGCAAGGACGAGGAUUCAACAAGACUGCUAUUCCAUUUCUUGUUGGUACAAAAUAUGAUCACUUCGUCAACUUUCCCCGCGAAGACCAAGAAGAAAUAUCAAAUCAGGUGAGCAAACCCGUACUUCGACAAAGACCACUGUUUUUCACUUCACUCAUGUUUUGGUGCCCCAUGUCUCAAACAAUAUACUAACAAAACUCCCAGGCGAGGAGGUUUGCUAAAGCAAUGCGGGCAAGUCUUAUUUUCAGCAGUACAAGUCAUAGCAUCAACGUACAGAAGGUAAACAAUUAUCCCUUGACGAUGAUAUCUUACCAAAAGCCCAAAACUCACAAUCACCUCACAGAUCUUCAAGAUUGUCCUGUCCAAAGCCUUUGAUCUGAAAUGCACGAUCCCAGAAAUUGAGAAUGUCGGUGAACCACUUCUUCUCUACCAGUCUGUUGGUUGAUUUAUCUCCCAUGAAAGAACCAGCACACCCUACUCCAUAAUACGAGAGAGGAGAGGAGAAAGCCCGUGUGCCCAAAGGAUGAUAGACACCAAUAUAAUCUUGGGCAGCCACGUAUUUUAAUGAAGAUGACUAACUUGGCGGAGGAAAGAGGAGCGAAGUUUUUCUUGCGAUUUCUUGCUUGCUGUUGGCAUGAAAUGACUUAAUGGCACAAUAUCAUGAAUUGAUAAACACAACGCACACACACAGACUUACAACAUGGUGAAAUGGCAGGGGUUAGGUUGGUUUGUGGCUUGGCUUUGGCAUCGGAACCUGGGAGAAGAAAAAUCUCAUCUUGUUUGCUUUUUCUCUCCCUCUUCUCUGUAUCCUAUUGCAUAUUUGUUGUUUUAGCAGGUCGUUAAGGUGUCUAUUUGGUUGCUAUGACUGCUGUCUGUUUUUGAUUUGAGAAUACUACAGUACAAUAAAAGAAAGCACCCUCGAUGGAGUCUCACAUAACAAUUACCAAAUCUACAGUACUCUAC